AUGCUUGCAGAGGGCAGAGAAACGCCGGUCGCCACAGUGGUUGAUACAAAUAGUAGACAUGGAGAAGAGCCAUGCCCGCGCAGCUCAGUCAAUUUUAUUGACCAUAGUCGGCGACACCGUACUGCCUUUACCCGGGAACAACUGUCCCGCCUGGAGCAAGAGUACCUCAAGGAGAGCUACGUUUCUCGACCGAGGAGAUGCGAACUGGCGACAGCACUGAACCUCCCCGAGACCACAAUCAAGGUAUGGUUCCAAAACAGGCGAAUGAAGGACAAGAGGCAGCGUCAUUCUCUCAGCUGGCCACACCCCCUGGACCCCAACCUGUGUGCCCUGAUGGUGAGCCAGGCUGCAGCAGGCUUACCUUACUCCUUUCUCUCUCCCCUCCCCCUGCACCUCUACUCUCACCACGGAGUGGGGGCAGGUGCCCCCUCUGUUCCCAGCCCCUUCGCUGCUCCCCUCAGGCCACUGGAUCCCCUGCGCCUCUCUCACUCCCCCUACCCCAGGCCGGGCGGUAUACCCCCAACGGCCCUCUACCCCCAUUCCAAUGUGAUGCACCAUCCCGCCACUUGCCCCUGCCCCCUCUGCCUCCACUGGGGAUCAGACCAACUGUUCAAAGCCAGAGGGCUGAGCGCUAUCGGCCUGAAUCGACCAUGCAGUCCCAAAACUAUGGCUGCCAGUCUGGACAGGAGGGAAGAGGUGCCUUUUCCCAGAUGAAGUUUGCUGCAGUAGCUACCAGGAAAUGAUGAUAUGAAGUCAGUGGUGGUGACAGUACAUUGAGCACAAUCACACCUCAUGAUCAGAUAAACUGCCCUCCCUGGAGGAGUGCAAUUUGAUCCAGCUUUCCAUGUUGUUAGAGCUCUAGAUUUACAUGUGUCUGUCUGUAAUAACACAGCUGGGGAUGUUAAUACUGUUUUAUUUAUUCGUGUGAAAUGCAACGUUCUUUCCAGAUCAAUGAUCUUGAAACAUUCCGGCCUUCACACAUACGGUAGCUAAUACUGGGGAUGACCUUGAGGCAAUAAGAAACGUUCCUUUUGUUGUAAUUGCAUGUUAUUAUGUGCAAGAACGAGAAGUUUCAUUCUAACUGGUGAUUCACUAAAAGGCAGAGGAGUUCCAUUAGUAGAAUGUCCAAUUAGACAUUGAAGGUAAAACAAUAUAUUUAAAAAACCCAGACAUUUUCCAGUCCAUAGAAAUUCACAUAUUUCACUGUUUGCUCUGAUAAUCAAGUAUGAAUCUCAACACAUGAGAAAUGGCUUUGCAGAGACUACUGUUGCUCAUGUGUUUGUCUGAUGUUUGCACUAUUCUAUUAUCUUGUCUAGAAUUGAAGAGAAUUGCAUACAGUGCCAGAAUAUGUGAAGGCGCAAAGUGUAGAUAAGAUUUUCCUUUCCAUCUUUCGGAAUAUGCAAUGAAAUAUUUUAGUUAAUACAUAUUUAUGAGAAAUCUCUGGUUCAAUAUUUUAAAGAACAAAUUGUGAUUGAGUGCACUCGU